AUGAGCAAUUCAACAUGUCUUCUUCAGCCAUCGUUAGCUACUACUGUAGCUCUACCAGUCAUCUACUCUUUCCUGUUUCCUGCUGGAAGUUUUGGAAAUAUCCUCACUGCCUGGAUAUUUUUGAGGCAAGCACUCACAAAAAGGACCCAACACAUUUACCUGGGAAAUUUCCUCACUGCAAAUUUACUCGUAUGCAGCACAAUGCCUCUUCUAGCUGCCUAUUUUGCAAGAGGGUACCAAUGGACUUACGACUCCGCAGCAUGUAGAAUAGCAAAUCAUCUUGGGACUCUCAUUAUGCACGUCAGUAUGUAUGUUACAAUUCUAAUUUUAUGUUCAACUGCUCUAAGUCAGUACGCAACACUGAAGAAAAAUAGCGACGCACAAUACUCUCAAGCAGUUAAUGACAACUUUUACAGAUGUGUACUCAAAAAGUUUUGUCAGCCAAAAUUUGCUAAAUAUUUAUGCAUCACUAUAUGGCUUACUGUGCUCUGCAUAACAGUAACAGCUAUAACAUACAAUGUCCAGGCAAGGGCUAUGGAAGAAUUUCACAGAUGCUACAGUAUCAGAGUAGAAGCUGGUGAAUUUACCACAAUGAUUGCAGCUUCUCUUGCCACUGCCUGUUUUUUUGUAUCUUUUAUGACAGUUUUGUUGUCAUACUAUUAUCUUACCAGACAUCUGAGUAAAAUACAAAAAAAUACCUGUAUUGGAGAAAAACAUCUAAUCUACAGUACAGUGAAAAGAAACAUUCUUGUCAUCCAGAUGAUAUUAACUGUUUGCUUUCUUCCAUAUCAUAUUUUUAGGCCAAUUUUUUAUGUACUGCUUACAAAUAAUGACUGCCGAAGGUUAAACUAUCUAGUGGAAAUAAAAAAUUUCCUUACUUGUCUUGCUGCUGCUAAGAGUAGUUUAGAUCCAAUUAUAACCCUUCUGCUAGAUAAAACAUUUAAGAAAAGUCUGUAUGGCCUGUUUACAAAAUCCACACCAGAACACCACAAACGUAAAGCUGAUAAUUUCACUGAAGAGGCUCUCAAAAUGUGA